AUGUACGACGAAACACCUCUUCACAUUGCAUGCUCUGUCAACAAUCUAACGGCAAUUAAAAUUCUAAAGGAAAAGUACGUGGACAGAAACGCCCUAGAUGUGAGAGGACAAACGCCGUUAGUCAUAACGGCAAGUUUUAACUACACGGAAGCAGCAAAGGAACUGUUCGACGACACAAACACGCCAGUCGAACCUAUUUUAUUAAAUGAUGACAUCAACUCGACAGAUGUAAUCAUCGUAAAUUGCGAACCUAUCAACAUAAGAACGUGUAUUCUACUAGACGCCACAGACGAAAGUGGAAACACGGCCUUGCACUACUGUUCCCUUUUUGGAAAUAAAGAACUGGCCAGUUUUCUCAUCCACAAAGGCGCAAGAAUAACGGUACUGAACAACGAACAAUACUCCCCCGUGACCCUUCUAGCUAAACUGCCAUCUGUAUACAAUUGCCCCAUAUAUACAGAGGUAUAUGAUUUCCAGCAGGAGAUCCCGUGGAAUGUACCAGAAUUGGAGACUCAGCAAUUAUUUCAAGAUGAAGGACAAAGUGACCUAGAAACUGACCUAAUGUUUCUUUAA